AGCAGUGCCGGCCGAGGUCGAAGAUCCGGCCGCAGAAAACCCAUAGUUGGGGAAAAUGGCGAGACGCAAAAGUGACCCCCCGAAGGUGUUGCAGCAGCUGCCUCACCGGAUAAGAGAGGAUAGCCCCCGGAACCGGCGGCCGCCGCUCAAAAAGAAAAAACGCCAACCCGCGGCUGCGGUCGCCGCUCAGAACCAGAGCUAGAAGCCUGCUUAAAAUGGUACGGAUACUGGGUUUUGAGGUCGUUGCCAAGGAGUUGGUAAAGGAGCAGCUGGAACUUGAAGUGAGUGUGGUGGCGGCGCAGCCCAAACGUGGCCACAAAAAGGCAAUGAAGACCACGGUGGCACCGGUGAAAGACCAUAGAGAAACUGAUGCAGCUUCCCCUUCCAAAUCCAGCAGCAGCAGCUCUGGCCAAACGAGGGCGCAAGAAGAACAGCCGAAACGGAGGCUGCUUCAGCAAUUUUCUGGACGUAGCGGCCCCGGAAUUCGUCAUGAAGAUCAAGGUGAACGCCGGGACGGAAAAGCAGAUCGGCGUGACGGUUGGAGAUCGCUGAGGUUAUCGACGAGAUGA